AUGUCUUCGAAGGGUUGGAAUCCUUUACAACCAGAUGAUUUACCCCGGAACUUUGGUGGGGACGAUGGAAAUGAUACUUCGAUGUUCAGUCUUGGGAGGCACAUUUCUGCCAAAGCUGCAGCGCAACCUAAACUACGAUGUACGGAGUUGGAUGAGAAUGGGAAUGUGGUUUUGGCCAGCGGGGAAUUCAAAAAGAGCGAGCUUAUUGCAAAGUAUGGACUUCUUCCUCGAGAUCUUAGGAAGAUCGACUCCAGUCUACUGCCUCACAUUCUUGUCCGACCCUCAGCCAUCCUAAUUAACCUCCUCCACCUUCGAGUCCUGAUAAAGUCCAAUCGAGUUUUGGUCUUCGAUGCCUACGGCACGACAGAUUCGUACAACCAAUCUGCAUUUAUAUACGAUUUGGAAGACAAGCUUCGUCAGAAGCAGAACUCACCCUCAGCAGGUGGCUUACCGUACGAAUUCCGUGCUCUCGAAUCCGUCCUCAUUUCAGUAAUUACAAGCUUAGAGACAGAAUUCGAGGGUGUCAGGAAGCCUGUUGUGCGAGUGCUGCGGGAAUUAGAAGAGGAUAUAGACAGGGACAAGCUUCGAAUGCUCCUGAUCUACUCCAAGAAGCUGGGCACUUUCGAGCAGAAAGCGAAAUUGGUUCGAGAUGCUAUAGAUGAACUGUUGGAGGCAGAUGAUGAUCUUGCCGCCAUGUACCUGACGGAAAAGAGCCAUGAUUUAUUACGGGGGGAAGAUGACCACACGGAGGUUGAAAUGUUACUUGAGUCCUACCAUAAGCUUUGCGACGAAAUCGUACAAGAGUCCGGGAAUUUGGUUUCCAAUAUUCGCAAUACAGAAGAGAUCGUAAAAGCAAUUCUGGACGCAAACCGUAAUUCCCUUAUGGUUCUAGACCUCAAGUUCUCCAUCGGUACUCUGGGUAUGGGUUCUGGAGCAUUCAUCGCCGCUCUGUACGGCAUGAAUCUGAAGAACUUCAUGGAGGAAUCCGACCUAGGCUUUUUGGGCGUUGCAGGCUGGAGCUUUGUUCUUUCCGCCUUCGUGUGUACCUACGGGCUCACCAAGCUCCGAAAAGUGCAGCGUGUAAGCAUGUGGGGUGAAGGCGGCCGACGAGGCCGAAAUUGGAGAGAUGAGGAUCUGGACAGAGCUAUAGUACACAGGGAGAUCGAAGCAGGAAGAGCAGAGACGAGAGAGAGACACAGGAAGAUGAAAGAGCAGAGAUUGGCUGCCAUGGAGGAGAUGAAAGCUCAGAUGAUAAGACAGAGACAGGAAGCUGCGAUGCAAGCGCGUUUGCAGGCAAGUCACCAAGCGAGGAAGCAUGUGUAG